AUGACCAGUGUCUCAGGGGCAGCCGCUGGAAGGAUAGUUGCAGCUGCUGGUCUCACCGCCGCCAGUAAUAGAGACAUCAGUGAAAGUGAAGUCAGAGCAGCUGUCCGAGCCGCAAAGAAUGUAGUAGUCGUAGGCAUCGUCGGUCGCUGUGCCCUUGACGUUGUCGAAAGUGACGCCGCUGAUGGUGACGCCGUUUGUGGGUUCACCAGUGGCACCGCCGUUGAGGUAGUCUUGCUGGACGUCGAUGCCGUAGUCGGUGAUGCCGGAGACAGUGAUGUUUUGGUAGACGAUGUUGCUGAUCUGUUUACGUUUGGUAUCAGCAUUGCUCUUGAUGCGGCAACCGUUCUCGCUGUUAAUAACCUGAGAGUUCUUGAAAGUAACUCCAUCAACGGUGUUGUUGCUCUUUCCACCGACGGAGCCAAUGCUGAGACCGUGGCCACCAGAGCAGUACACGUUGUCAACAACAAUCUGAGUUCCACUGGUAACUGCAACACAGUCAUCCUGGUUGUAAACCUCGAUAUCCUCCAGGGUAAUGUAGUCACUGGAAGAGACAUCGAAUCCGUCGCUGUUGUGGGCUGCAGCCUUGCUGCCGCUAGCAGAGUUAGGCUCGUCCCCUGCGGUGUUGUUCAGAACGAGACCGGAGAAGACGACGUUCUGGCUUCCAGUGAUGCUGAAGCAGUGAACGGGCCAGUUCAUGAUGUUCAGGUUGGUGAUCUUGGAGUUGUAGGUCUUCUUAACGACGAAGAAGUGGUCAGGCCUGGGCAUAUCAGUUAG